AUGACAGCAAAUUUAUAUUUCAGAGUGAUAUUAAUGACGGGCGCCUCUCUGACCGCCGGCGCGUUGUUCUUGCAAGCGGCGGUACUGCCCCUACUCUUCAAAUAUAGCAAAGGCGUGCAGAGGAAAAUUGUCUUUUCCAACUGUAUAAACUAUCCUAAACACCUAGACUUCAAACAUCCUUUGAGCUGCAACGUGCUGGGCUGCAGACACUUCAACAUUGAGUUUUACUCUCGCGUGGAUCAUUGUGACAUUAAGUUGGGUGUAUGGCACAUAGCGCCUUAUUCCUUGAUCCAAGAUCUCGUAUUGGAGUGUGACGAACUGCGUGUGGAUGAACGAUAUAUGGACGGGUUGAAGAAACGCGGGAGCACUGUCAUACUGUACUGUCAUGGUAACUCGAACCACCGCGCGUCUCCGCACCGCCUGCAAAUGUACAAGGUGCUCCAGGAGCAGAAUUAUCACGUCAUCACCUUCGACUACAGGGGGUAUGGCGACUCGACAGACAUCCGGCCGACCGAGAGGGGCGUGGUGGAAGACGUGCUCCAGGUUUACUCGUGGCUGGUGGGCGCGUUUGACCACGACCAGAAGCCGCUUGUGGUGCUGUGGGGACAUUCACUAGGCACGGCCAUCGCAGCUAACCUAGUGUCCAACAUGUCGGAUCUGUGCCAGCAGCGCCGCCUGCCGACGCUACCGCCGCCCGACGCGCUGGUGCUGGAGGCCUUCAACAACCUCGCCGAUGAGAUUGAGAGCCAUCCUCUGUCCAAGUUAGUGCCCUGGCUGCCAUAUUACAAGAGUCACUUCGUGAAGCCCUUCACCGUGUCCUCGGAGUACACCUUCGCCACCGACCGGUACCUGAGCAGCGUGCCGCGACUGCCGGUCCUGAUGAUGCACUCGCGGAGGGACAGGAUAGUGCCCUUCCAUCUGGCUAUUAAGUUAUACAACAGUAUCAUCGCGUCCCGAGCUAGUGAUGGGGCAACGCUAGAACUGCACGUAUUCGACCGCGGGCAUAACGACCUGUGCGCCGCGCCCGCCAUGCCGCGCGUCGUCGCGUGA